AUAUUCGAGGUUAGUGAACAUCAUAAAUGUCAGAUAUCCGGCUAUCUUCAUUAUUGUGCUUAGCCCCUGUGUUGUGUUUAUGAGCAAAGUUGAUUUCAUCUGUUACGAAUGUUAUUAUCGAAUUUUCGGCAUGUCGGGGCCCAUUUCGAAGAGCUGUUAGUGUCACUGUGUAGGCCUUAAUUGAGAUAAUACCCUUAAUACCAUUUUAAUGGAUUAAUGGCAGUUUGACAGGUGCCAGCUCACCCAAAUAUUUUUAUUAAUACGUGUUAUUUAGUUUAAAUAAGAAAUUAAAGUGAUAAAGUGAAAUGGCAUUCGAAGGGGGUGUAAGCAAUGUCGAAUUAACCCCAUCGUUAGUGGAAUCCUUGCAAGUUGACUUCAAGAACUUAGCUACUGAGUCCAAAAAGAAGUAUCCCCAAGUCAAAGAGGCAUGUGAAGAGGCAAUUGGCAAGCUGAAAAACUCAGCUGCACAACAAAAUAAUGUUUAUUAUCUUGUCAAUCAAAUAAUUUAUCCUAUAUCACAAGGUUGUGAAACUAAAGAUGUAAAACUCAUUAAGAUUUGUUUGCAAGUAAUACAAAAACUAAUAACAAAUCAGUUGAUUGAUCAAAAAGGAGCUGUAUAUGUUACUGACGCUCUUUGGUCACUGAUGGAAUCGGGUAUUGAAGAAGUUCGAAUUUUACAGUCUGUUCUCUUACUGCUUACAACCAAUAAGGUUGUUCAUGGAGAAACUUUAGCUCGAACUCUUGUGCUAUGUUUCCGAUUGCAUUUUACAAAAAAUUCGACCACAAUAAACACAGCAGGUGCGACAGUACGUCAAUUAGUUUAUCUGGUUUUUGAAAGGGUAGUUGCUGAAGAGGAGCAACUAUCAAACCUUGCAAAUAGACCAGAAAAACCCCCAGUGAAUUUUGAAGAAUUAAAAGCGCCAAGUGGCACGCCACCAAAAGGACUACCUCCAUGUGCGGGCGAUGCAUUUCUUCUGUUCCAAGAUUUGGUCCAGUUAGUUAAUGCCGAUCAGCCUUAUUGGCUGAUUGGCAUGACAGAAAUGACUAGAACCUUUGGAUUGACCUUAUUAGAGUCUGUUCUAACUCAAUUUUAUUCCGUAUUUUUUAAGUUUCCUGAAUUUAGCUUUCUGCUGAAAGAAAGAGUAUGUGCCCUAGUGAUCAAACUAUUUUCUCCUAAUAUAAAAUAUAGAAAUAAUGUGCUAAGUAAUGUCCAGCAAGCAACCUCGUUUGAAAAGCCAUAUUUUCCCAUAAGUAUGAGGCUGUUAAGAGUUGUGUCCAUACUCAUACAAAAGUACCACAGUCUUCUGGUGACAGAAUGCGAGAUAUUCCUAUCGCUUAUAGUUAAAUUCCUAGAUCCAGAUAAACCUACUUGGCAAAGAUCUUUGGCUCUGGAAGUCUUACAUAGAAUGACUAUUCAGCCUGAAUUAUUAGUCUCAUUUUGUGAAUGCUAUGAUCUUAGAAAGCACACAACUAGUAUUUUCCAAGACAUUGUCAAUUCCUUAGGUGCCUAUGUUCAAUCUUUGUUUGUGAGCCAGCAGUUACAUGGCGCCGGUUUGCCUGUCGCUCAAAUGCAACCCCCUGUGUUUCUUGGAGGAAUUCCUGCGGGACCAGGAAUCUCGCCUCAGCCUGGUUUCCUAUUAAGGGGGGUGUGGUUGCCGUUAGUCGCAACAUUCCCAACAGGGCAAUCAAAGUCUAAUUACUUGGAGCUCUUAGAUAAAGUGGAACCACCAGUUAUACCUGAUGGCUACGGGAUUUCAGUAGCUUAUGCGUGUUUGAUGGAAAUUAUCAGAUCGCUUCAGAUUACGAUAAAUCCACAACCCCAACCAGACUCCCCAGAAAAGCAGGAAAAGAGUGGCAACAGCAAAGAGCUGAAUUGUCAGUUGAUUAAUUCCAGUUGGUGUGGACUUCUAGCGGCUUUAAGCCCACUUGUGGAUGCUAGCACGGAUGAAUCCAUAACUGAGAAUGUUUUGAAAGCCAUGCAGACGUACACGUCCCUUUGCGGUAUGUUAGAGCUACAUACUCCAAGGGACGCCUUUAUUACUGCCAUUUGCAAAUCGUCAUUACCUCCUCAUUAUGCUCUAACUGUACUAAAUACCGUUACAUCUGGAGUUAACCUGCGACAGGGACAAGGAGGGGAGGUUCAGAAUAUGCUAAUGCAGUAUGGUGAAAACGAUUUUCGACAGCAAGUCGUUGCAGUUGGUACUCCAUUAUCUACCUCGUCAGUACCCGCGGGAACCCAACAAGGUCCAGUUAUGUUAACUGCGAAAAAUCUACAAUCUAUGCGAGCUUUACUGAGCUUGGCUCAUUGCCAUGGAAGCAUUUUAGGAACUGCUUGGCAUUUGGUUUUGACCACUUUACAGCAUUUAGUGUGGAUACUUGGAUUGAAACCUUCCACUGGAGGAAGUUUGAAAGCGGGGCGCGCUUCUUCUGAUACAAAUGCUGUGAUUACCACGUCUGUGAUGGCGGACUUACCGGUAUUAUCCAUCAUGUUAAGUAGACUGUUUGAGUCUAGUCAGUUUUUAGACGAUGUAGCUUUACAUCAUUUAAUUAACGCGCUAUGCAAGCUAUCCCAGGAAGCAAUGGAACUAGCUUAUUCAAACAGAGAGCCAUCACUUUUUGCUGUGGCAAAAUUGCUGGAAACAGGUUUAGUCAAUAUGGCCAGAAUAGAGGUUCUUUGGAGACCUCUGACAAACCAUCUUCUAGAAGUGUGUCGCCAUCCUCAUAUUCGAAUGAGAGAAUGGGGCGUGGAAGCUAUCACAUACUUAGUAAAAUCUGCUUUGUCCUACAAGUAUGAAGUUCCCCUGAAAGAGAACCAGAAGCUGCAGACUUUACUAUUGGGUCCGUUAUAUGAACUUUCAUCCGUGCCUCACGGCGAUGUUCGACAACGUCAGUUGGAGUGUGUUUUGCAAAUAUUGCAUAGCAAUGGUGAAACGUUGUCGCAUGGAUGGCCUUUGAUUCUGGGCAUUAUUGGCGCUGUCAAUGACCAGCAUGGGGAAAACCUCAUACGGAUUGCCUUUCAAUGUCUUCAGUUAGUGAUAACCGACUUUUUGCCAGUAAUGCCAUGGAGGUGUUUGCCGCAAUGCGUAGACACUGUCGCAAAAUUUGGAUCUCAAACCCAAGAAUUAAACAUAUCGCUUACGUCAGUAGGACUAAUGUGGAAUAUUUGCGACUAUUUUCAUCAGAAUCAAGGAAAACUCAGUCAAACGUUGAUAGAUGAUGCUACAGUACUUCCAGAUUUCCCGGGUACUUUAGAUAUGCCCAGCUUUGAUAAACUGUGGAUGUGUUUAUAUGCCAGAUUGGGCGAACUAUGCGUAGACAGUCGUCCAGCUGUAAGAAAAUCUGCAGGCCAGACGCUGUUUUCGACUAUAUCGGCACAUGGAGGCCUUUUAAAGCAAACCACUUGGCAGGUCAUGAUCUGGCAAGUUUUAUUUCCACUCCUGGACAAGGUAAAGCGCCUUUCAAACUCUGCGAGCAGUGAAAAGGUAGAUGCCGGUGGCAAUAUACUAAUCCACCAUUCAAGAAAUACAGCUCAAAAGCAAUGGGCUGAAACUCAAGUGUUAACUUUAUCUGGAGUGGCAAGAGUAUUUAACACGAAGAGACAGCUUCUGCAGGCUCUGGGUGAUUUUGCCAGGGCUUGGUCCAUAUUAUUGGAAUUUAUAGAGACCGCUGCUCUUAGCAAAAAUAACGAAGUUAGCAUAGCUGCACUGAAGUCGUUCCAAGAGAUUUUGUUUUUGAGUAAAAACCAAGCGGGUGACGCUAAAGCUGCUAUAGAGGACAAAGAAAUUUGGUCUGUUGCUUGGAAAAUUUGGAUAAAAAUCGGCACUGAAGCUACAGUUUCCGUUAAAGGCAGUGAAGUUCAUAACAGCGAAGACUACUUUCUUCCAAGCCAAACUUUUCUCACUGCUUUAGUUCAAAUUUUUCCCAAUGUGUUUCAACAUAUCAAAAAUGCAUUUACAUCAGAAGAUCUUAGUCAGCUCGGGGUCGUUCUGACUAAUUCAGUCUGCGUUCCUGUUUUCGGAGAAACCUCGCCCUAUAUCAUAUCAGUGUCGUCUGAUGUCAGUCUGACGCCCCUUCAUGACGGUGUCCUACAUGCCAUGGAAUUGCUCCAAAAAGAAGCUCUGCAGAGAAACAACAAUAAAAUGAUACCAGAAAUUUUCCGAUUGCUGCUGGUAUUUUCAAAAUUUACCUCCUCCGUUCCUAGCUAUACCAAAAUGGAGAAUAAGCACACAAAAGUCAGUGAUUGGGUAACCAUGAAUUACAUUCCUUUUGGAGAAAAGGCCACUAAUAUGGUGGUUAGUCUGUAUGAAAAAACCGCAGACACUAAUGAAGUGAUUAACGGCAACAUACUGAAGGAAAUUAUAGCUACACUGCACACUCCUUUAGCUUUAAAAUACAAUUGUAUAUCAAGCAAUGUAUGGAAGUUGGCAGCUACUAGUUUAAUCGCAGUGUUAAAGGUUGGACUAAAAGUCGCUAGGUCCCAUGGAAACCAGUUUUCCAAAAUGUGGAAUGAAUUGGCGGAGACACUUAAUGACUUUUUGUUUCCCAGCAAUUGUUCGCCAAGUCCUGGUGAGAAGGCUUUAGACGAAAUGGUGUCCGAUGAACAGACAGACUGUCAAAUUAUAGAACUUCUCCGAACGGAAGUUCUUCCAUAUUCCAAUAGCAUACCAAAGGAAUUCAUACUUCAAGUGGUUAUUUUACUUAACAAAGGUUCCAUUCACUCGGCUACCAAUGUUAAAAAUGACGGAGACGUGGAAUUAACCCUUCGGGAGGACUUUGCCAAAACUUGUUUUGAGACUUUACUUCAGUUUUCGCUAAUUGAUGGCGAUUACAAUAGAUUGGUUGUGAGCAGUGAUGAUAAGAGCAAUGGUUUAGCGGGUCAACUUGCUGUUACUUCAUUAUUACAUCGCUUCGAAGAGGUGUUGAAAAAGUACAUUGCCGAUGAGAAACUUAGUGGAAAAUGCCCACUUCCCAGGUAUCGUUUAUCGGAAAUUUCCUUCGUUUUGAAGGCUUUAACUACCCUAAUAAUUUCCAUGAAAAAAUCGUCAGCAGUGAAAGAUGAUAAUAAAGCGUGGGAGCAACUGAUCUCGUUAUAUCCAUACUUAGUUGAAUGUACAACUACUACAUCCACCCAAGUAUCGAGGCCUUUGCGUGAGGCCUUGUUGCAGUUUUGUGACUUGCUUCAACCCCCACAUAGUAAAAACAACAAUGUAAUCAAAAAUUGAAAUAUAUAGGCUGGGUUUUUGGCACAAUAAUUGGUUUUACAGUUUUUACAAUUGUUGGUACAAUAAUUGUAAAAACUGUAAGCUUAUUCCAUUGCAAGAUGAACCCAUAUUAGGCUGUGGAGCACUUAGACAAGGGUAUAUUUUGAUUUCGAUAGCGUGAAUCAGUUUACGUUAUGUGCUACACUAUCUCAAUCGCUUUCCGUUUUCAGUCGUAUUUGGAGUUGAUAGACAUGCAACAAAAGUAUAUAUAAUUCGUGUUGCAUUGCAUGUUCAUUUUUUGUACCUGUACCAAAAAAAUGUAUCACCCUUUAACUAUACAUAAUCAAUAUAAUGGACGAAUGGUUUAUCGUAUAUUUGAAGCAUUCGUGUAGUUUUUACACCUCACAAGGAUCAUUCCAAAUACUCUUCAAUUUUUUUGCUGUUUCUGUUACGUUUGCUGCCUCGUUUAGUCGUUUUAGUUUAGUUAGUUCUAGAUAGUAGUAUUGGGGUCAUUGCCAUUUUCAAAUAUUUACAAAUGGUUAGUAAACUAGAAUUAUUUAAUAAUUUAUUUAUUAUUUAUGAAGUGUGGUGGAGCUGGAACCGAAAAUACGUUUUCUCAUACAAAAGGCAUCUGAAUAUUUUUGAAUGACAAAUUAUAUUGAUAAAUGUAGAAAUAUAUCCUAGAACAUAUACUUGCUUUAUAUAUUUCAUGAAAUAUAGCGGUCAGAUACUGGGUGUAUAUAAUGUAGAUAACCAUAUCAGAGAUCUCUUUCUUAAGCGGCAAAAGUAAUGGCUGGUAAAUUAACUAUAUAUCAGUUUUACAUAAUAAAAACCUUUCUAAUAUUUACUGUUCGCUAUAUUUCACUUCCAGAAAGUAUCGCAUUUUAUUACCUUUCUUCUAUAUCUAAUACCAAUGAUAAUCUAAAGUUUUAUGAGAAGCAGAGCGCUCUGAUAACCGGAGAAGUACAAGAUAAAUUUAUAUUAUAUGAUAGCUAGCGUAAAACAUUCUAAAAUAAUCAGACAUCUUUUGUAAGUUAAAAUCCUCGUUAAAUCCAACCGUAUUAGUCCACUUCAUCGAGAACCUAUCCCAGUAAUCUAGCCAGAGUAUUAUUAAUUUUUAAUAGCAUUUUUGUUUCUGGUGCUAUAUUAAUCUUUUUGUAAAAAUGUGAUUAUCACUAGUAAAUAGUGUUAAUUUUGUUUGUAUAAACUGUUAUUGUAGUGUCAAAUAGUCAUUGGUCAUAUGAAAUACAUCGGUAUUGUAAAAUGA